AUGAGCAGUCCAUGGCAGCAAGCAUGGGACGCUGCCCAGCCCCACCUUCACUCUAUACAAGAUGUCCUUGCGUCCCCAGCAUUUCAUAGACCGAACCAUCGCAUUCUUCGCGUUGGACAACUAGACGCUGAGCUCCUCGAUGCCGAACUUGUGCACAUACUUACAGAGCCAGUAUCGAAGGCCCUUGCGACCGUCAACGCCUCCAUAAAAGCUCGAUUUGAGCCUGAGCUAGCACUCCUCGUCCAACUCGUGCUUUAUCGCUUCUCUGUUUGGAGUUCUGGUGCAAGCUAUGGCGCAAUGCUGCAGGGCCUGCGGUAUUCCGCCCCAAGUUCUGGCCUGGGCUCCAGGCCUCCACAACGACGACGACUAAUUAUCCAUGGUGCACUCACUAUCCUUGUUCCCUACUUCCACAACCGACUCCAUGCAUAUGCGCUCUCGCAUGCGUGGCCAGAUGCCCCUGCAUCUGAUACCCGUCGCCGCGCUUGGGCUGCCUUGAUGAGUCUCGAGACCGCACAUGGUGCAUUCAGUCUACUCAACUUCGUUGCAUUCUUAUGGAACGGAAAAUACAGGACAAUUGUUGAUAGAUUCCUGAUGAUGAGGCUUGAACCUUCGCAGGCUCUCCUCAAACGUGAUGUUAGUUAUGAAUUUAUGAAUCGCCAGAUGGUCUGGCACGCAUUUACAGAAUUUCUCCUCUUCCUCCUCCCGCUCAUCAAUCCUCGCUCCGUGGCACGAAGGCUCGCAUCAACCUUUUCAUCCAUUCUCCCUGCUCCCUCCCCUACACAAAAAAUACGCGCGCCGAAACGCGGAAAGUAUUAUUCCCUCCCACCAGACCAGUGCGCAAUUUGUGCUGAGAACGCUUCCCUAAAUGUGAAUUUUGGUGAUGCUACUGGCGCACUGGCAUCGUACACUCCGGCAUUCUCUGCAUCAUCAAACAGCGAUGUUGGUGAUAAUAAUACCGAGGGAGACGGGGAACCUCCAUAUCCGAUAACAACGCCAUAUCUUGCUUCUUGUGAACAUAUUUAUUGUUAUGCUUGUCUUGCUGAGCGCAUGCUUCGCGCCGCAGAUGAUGGCUCAUGCGGAUGGACGUGUCUGCGAUGCGCCGAGGAAGUGAGGAGUGCAGAUCGAUACAGGCUGGAGAGCGAAAGCGGAAACCUUAGGCGAAGUUCCACGUUGGGUGGGGCUGAAAAUGAAAGCGUGGGUGAUGGAGAUAGAGAGAGAAGUGAUGCAGAAAGUAGUCAGGGCGACGAGGGGAGUGAAUCCGAUUUUAGCAGCGAGUUCGGGAGUGGGACAGGCAGCUUGGGGAGCUAUACAUUUACAGGGAGUGAGGCUUGA